AUGGUUCAAUCUUCAAUCCUCGGUUUCCCUCGCAUGGGAGUCAACCGAGACUUGAAGAAGGCCACCGAAGCGUACUGGGGCGGCAAGAUUUCUCAUGACGACCUAGUCGCUGAAGGAAAGAGACUCAGACUGGCACACUGGAAGAUUCAACAAGAUGCAGGCAUCGACAUCAUUCCAAGCAAUGACUUUGCUUUCUAUGAUCAUGUCCUUGACCACAUCCAGCUCUUCAACGUGAUUCCCGAGCGGUACACCAAGAACAACCUUGCCCCUCUUGACCAAUACUUUGCCAUGGGUCGCGGUCUGCAGCGACCUGCCACCGACAGUGCCCCUGCUGUCGAUGUGCCCGCAUUGGAAAUGGUGAAAUGGUUCGACUCAAACUACCACUACGUCAAGCCUACCCUUCAAGACAACCAGACCUUCAAGCUUGCCUCCGACCCCAAACCAGUUAGAGAGUUCCUUGAGGCAAAAGAGGCUGGAAUUAUCACUCGGCCCGUCCUGCUUGGACCAGUCUCGUUCCUUCACCUGGGCAAGGCUGACCGUGGUCAAUCAAUUGACCCCAUCACUGCUUUGGACAAGUUGCUGCCUCUUUACGAAGAUCUGCUCAAGCAGUUGAAGGAGGCUGGUGCCGAAUCUGUUCAGAUCGACGAGCCUAUCUUGGUCUUUGACCUGCCGAAGCGAGUCAAGGAUGCCUUCAAGCCCGCAUACGAGAAGCUGGGAAGCCUCGGAGCCACCGCACCCAAGAUUGUGCUUGCCACCUACUUUGGUGACAUUGUCCACAACGUCGACGUUUUGGAGUAUCUGAAGAACAUCUAUGCUAUCCACGUCGAUCUUGUGCGCAACCCAGAGCAACUCGAAACCGUCCUCGCUGCUCUUGGACCCCAGCAGGUCCUGUCCGCUGGUGUUGUUGAUGGCCGAAACAUCUGGAAGACCAACUUCAAGCGCGCUAUUGAAAUCGUCGAGUCUGCCAUUCAGAAAUUGGGCAAGGACCGUGUCAUUGUCGCCAGCUCCAGCUCUCUUCUCCACACCCCUCACACUCUUGCCAGCGAGAAGAAGCUGGACCCCGAGAUUGCCGACUGGUUCAGCUUUGCCUGCGAAAAGGCUAAAGAACUUUCGGUCAUCGCAAAGGCUGUCACUGAUGGUCCGGCCUCUGUCAGAGAGGCUCUCGAGGCCAAUGCCAAGUCCAUGCAUGCUCGUGCCUCUUCCAGCCGAACCAACGACCAGGCGGUCAAGGAACGUCAAAGCAAGGUCACUGAAGAGAUGCACGACCGCAAGUCGCCUUUCGCCAUCCGUAUCUCGGAGCAACAGAAACGACUAAACCUCCCUCUUUUCCCGACCACCACCAUUGGAUCCUUCCCCCAGACCAAGGAUAUCCGUAUCCAGCGAAACAAGUUUACCAAGGGUGAAAUCUCGGCUGAAGAGUAUGAGAAGUUCAUUGAGAAGGAGAUUGAAAUGGUUGUCAAGAUCCAGGAGGAGCUUGACCUGGACGUCUUCGUCCACGGCGAGCCUGAGCGAAAUGACAUGGUCCAAUACUUUGGUGAGCGGUUGAACGGCUAUGCUUUCACCACCCACGGCUGGGUUCAGUCUUAUGGCUCUCGAUGUGUCCGACCGCCCAUUGUUGUUGGAGAUAUCUCUCGGCCUGCUCCAAUGACUGUCAAGGAGUCCAAGUUCGCUGCUUCAAUCUCACCGAAGCCAAUGAAGGGUAUGCUCACAGGUCCCAUCACCUGCCUGAGAUGGUCCUUCCCUCGUGACGACAUCCACCAAUCUGUUCAGGCCCAACAGCUGGCUCUCGCUCUCCGCGAUGAAGUCGUCGACCUUGAGAAGGCGGGCAUUUUCGUCAUCCAGGUUGACGAGCCUGCUCUGCGUGAGGGUCUGCCUCUGCGCUCCGGCAAGGAGCGAACCGACUACCUAAAAUGGGCUGUCGACUCUUUCCGCCUGGCCACUGCCGGAGUGGAGGACGCCACCCAGAUUCACAGCCAUUUCUGCUACUCGGAGUUCCAGGACUUCUUCUACGCCAUUGCUGCCCUCGAUGCAGAUGUUCUUUCUAUUGAGAACAGCAAGUCUGAUGCCAAGCUUCUGAAAGUCUUUGUUGAUGAAGCUUACCCGCGUCACAUCGGACCGGGUGUCUACGAUAUCCACUCUCCUCGUGUUCCCUCGGAGCAGGAGAUUCGUGACCGCAUUGCCGAGAUGCUGCAGUAUCUGAAGCCAGAUCAACUCUGGAUCGACCCUGACUGUGGUCUCAAGACCCGUCAGUGGACGGAGACCAAGGCUGCCUUGACCAACAUGGUCAACGCGGCCAAGUACUUCCGUGCUCAGUAUUCCAAGUAA